ACUCCGCUCCGCACUCCGGUCCGUCCUCCAGUUUGAGCUCCAUACUCCAGUCCGAGCUGCAAGCUCCGCCCCGCACUCCAGUCCGUCCUCCAGUUUGAGCUCCUUAGUCCAGUCCGAGCUGCGCGCUCCGCAAUCCAGUCCGUCCUCCAGCCCGAGCUGGGCGCUCUGCCGUGCAGCCCGAGCUGCAGCUUGAGCUCCGCGCUCCUUAAUCCGGUCCGUCCUCCAGUUUGUACUCCAGUUUGAGCUCCGUCCUCCAGGCCGAGCUGCGCGCUCCUUGAUCCGGUCCGUCCCGCCGUCCGAGCUCCGUAAUCCAGCCGGUGGUCCAGCCCCGAGCUCCGGCUUGAGCUCCACUUGGCGCCGCGGUCCCUCUCUUGCAGUCUGAGCUGCAGUCUGAGCUCCCCUCCUCGGCGAGGUCGGCGCUCCCCGGCCAUGCCGAGCCUCCGGGGGCUCGGGGCCGCUCGUUGGCGGCGGGGCUGAAGCCUCCGCCCCUCCUCGGGUCCGCGGGGCGGCCCGGAUGGUGCAGCUCAUGCGGUCCGAGGAGUGUCCGGUGGCCGCGUCCCCGGGUCCGCGGGCGCAGCAUGAGGCGGCGGGCGGCUCGGCGGAGACCAUGUUCCCCGGGAGCCGGCGGAGCCGCAGCCUGUGGGACGCCGUGCGCCUGGAGGUGGCCGCCGCCGACAGCUGCCCCGUCGUGCUGCACAGCUUCACCCAGCUGGACCCCGACCUGCCCCGCCUCGAGAGCUCCACGCAGGAGAUCGGGGAAGAGCUGGAGGAUGGGGCCAUCUACAGCAUCUCGCUCCGCAAGCUGCAGCUCCACCACACGGCCAACAAGGGACAGCGGUGGCUGGGGUUCGAGAACGAGUCCGCGCUGAACCUGUACGAGACCUGCAAGGUGCGGACCAUCAAGGCUGGGACGCUGGAGAAGCUGGUGGAGUAUUUGGUGUCGGCCUUCAAGGGCAAUGACUCGACCUACGUCACCGUCUUCCUGUGCACCUACCGUGCCUUUGCCACCACCAAGCAAGUCCUGGAUCUGCUGCUCAACAGGUACGGCCGCCUCCACGCCCAGGCCAACGGGGACCACGGCCGGCAUGGCUCGGAUGACCGGCUGGAGCUGAAGAACACCGUCUCCUCCAUCCUGGGCGCCUGGCUGGACCAGUACUCGGAGGAUUUCCGCCAGCCGCCAGACUUCUCCUGCCUCAAGCAGCUGGUCACCUACGUCCGCCACAACAUCGCCGGCUCCGACCUGGAGCGCCGGGCACGUCUCCUGCUGGCCCAGUUCCAGCGGCAGGAGCACAGCGCAGCUGAGCCGGAAGCGGCAGCGGUGGAGGCAGAGGCGGUGGAGCCUGUGGAGGCCGUGAGCUGUCCCUUCCAGGCGGCUGAGGAGAACGGUCUGGGAGAGGGAAAGCCAGACUUCCUGGCCUUCUCCCCGGAGACGGUGGCGGAGCAGUUCACUCUGAUGGAUGCGGAGUUAUUUAAGAAGGUGGUGCCCUACCACUGCCUGGGCUGUAUCUGGUCCCAGAGGGAUAAGAAGGGCAAGGAGCACCUGGCACCUACCAUCCGGGCCACCGUCUCCCAGUUCAACUGUGUCACCAACUGUGUGAUCGCCACCUGCCUGGGGGACCGGUCCCUGAAGGCCCAGCAGAGGGCCAAGGUGGUGGAGCGCUGGAUCGAGGUGGCCCGGGAGUGCAGGAUCCUCAAGAACUUCUCCUCCCUGCGAGCCAUCCUCUCAGCCCUGCAGUGCAACGCCGUCCACCGGCUGAAGAAGACCUGGGACGAGGUGACCCGGGAGAGCUUCCGCAUCUUCCACGAGCUGUCGGAGAUCUUUUCGGAUGAGAACAACCACUCCCUCAGCCGGGAACUUCUCAUCAAGGAGGGGACUUCAAAAUUUGCCACCUUGGAAAUCAACCCCAAGAGAGCUCAGAAGAGGCAGCAGCAGCAGCGGGAGAUGGGUGUAAUGCAGGGCACCAUCCCCUACCUGGGCACCUUCCUCACGGACCUGGUGAUGCUGGACACAGCCAUGAAGGACUACCUGGAUGGUGGCCUGAUCAACUUCGAAAAGAGGAGAAAGGAGUUUGAGGUGAUCGCACAGAUCAAAUUACUCCAGUCAGCCUGCAACAACUACAGCUUCACACCGGCUGAGCUCUUCGGGGACUGGUUCCGGGGUGUGGAGAAGCUCAGCGAGGCUGAGAGCUACAGCCUGUCCUGUGAGCUGGAACCCCUGUCAGAAUCGGCCAGCAACACCCUGAAGGCCAAGAAAAACACUGGAAUCAUCAAACGCUGGAGCGACCGGCAGGCCCCCAGUGCCGAGCCCAGCGCCAGCGGCAGCUCCCACUCGAAGUCGUUCGACCAGCUCAAGUGCGGGCCCUACCUGUGCAGCGGGGACGCCGCCGACUCCCUCAGCGUCACUUCGGCCGGUUCGUCCAGCUCCGACGUGGAGGAGAUCAACAUCACCUUCGUCCCCGAGUCGCCUGACUGCCAGGAAAAGAAGUUCUGGGAGUCGACGUCCCUGUCGUCCCUGGACACGUCGGGCAUUGGCUCUGGCUCCAGCAGUGCCUCGUCCUCCUCCGUUUCCUCCACGCCGGUGGCCGCCUCCCGCACCCACAAGCGCUCUGUCUCGGGCGUCUCCAGCUACUCCUCCCUCUCCCUCCCCCUAUACAACCAGCAGAUUGACGACUGCUGCAUCAUCCGCGUCAGCCUGGCCGUGGACAAUGGCAACAUGUACAAGAGCAUCCUGGUGACCAGCCAGGACAAGACCCCAGUGGUGAUCCGGAAGGCCAUGGCCAAACACAACCUGGACGGGGACCAGCCGGAGGACUACGAGCUGGUGCAGAUCAUCUCCGAGGAGAGAGAGUUGAAGAUCCCCGACAACGCCAACGUCUUCUACGCCAUGAACUCUGCUGCCAACUACGACUUUGUCCUGAAGAAGAGAGGCUUCAGCAAGGGGGUGAAGGUCAGACACGGAGCCAGCUCCACCCUGCCCAGGAUGAAACAGAAGGGACUCAAGAUCGCCAAGGGGAUCUUCUGACCGGACCCGACGCUCCUUCCUCCAGCCGUCCACCCACCCCAGGGGCUGGGGGCGGCUCCGAGCCCUCCCGCCACCCCCAGCCCCGGCCGGCCAUCGGGCCCAGCCUGAGAGGAGCCCCCGGGCCCUCGCAUCAGCACUUAGUGAAACCCGGGCAGGAACGCCCCGGGGGUGGAUCGGGGCCGGGGGGGCUCGCCCCGGCCGGACAGAGACUCUCUGUAGGACUUCAGGUUUCCUCGGGACUUGUUCUAAGCGGUUUGUUUUUAUUCGCCGCCCGGUAUGACGCCUCUGAGACCCAGGCUGACCGGUCCCACGAGCCGCCCCUGUGCCUUAGGUGCCUUUCUGCUUUCCAAGAAGCAGAGGACUGGACGAUUGCCAAGGAACGUUGCCGACGGGCACCGUCUCCUGCCGAUCCCCACCUUCCUGCCUGUGAGGACAGAAGAUCCAGGCCGGGGGGAGGCACACGGGCACCGCACUUCGGACCAAUCCCUCCCCGUUCGGGGCUGAGGGCCCCCUGCCCACGGGGCACUCGACUGGCACUACCCUCUUUGAUUUUGUUUCCUUCCCACUCUCCUCCCUGUCCACCCUCCAGACGGUUCCUGUACCAUGGCAUCUCACCACCACCCUGUGCUCUCGUGUCCCCACACCACCCCUCCGCCUCACCUCACCACGGUCACUUUUUAGUGUAGUUUUCACUUUCCCCUCCCCAUCCUGAGCCACCAGCCUGAUGCCAGAGCUCCAGCCUUUCUGAUCUGCACCAAAGAUCCCAUCCCCAGGGACUCCGUCGCGAUGCACAUCCCAGCGAGGAGACCACCCAGGGAAGGAGCCGGGCCACUAGCCCUCCGGCGGCACUUUGUAAAUAGAGAAGCACGACUCACCUGGGCUGGGGCGGGGACGGGGUGGGGGCCACGCCGACCCGGGACUCUGCCACUCACUCGACAAAAUGCCACUGACCCUGGGCUUUCUAGAUGUCACAUGACAAGGAGGGGAUGGGGAGCCGGGGUGAGGGGAAGUUACUGGAUUUUUUUUUUUUUUUGUAAAAAAAAGAAAUGUUUACUGACUUUUUGGGGGCGAUAUUUAUUGGAUGUAAAUAGAGAACGUGAGACCUGUACAUUCUACUAAAUCCUGUUACACCACCGAACGGCA